AUUGCUAUAUCGAGACUAUUUUUUUGGUCUGUGUUUUACUCCGCUAAAGUGUGGGUCCGGAGCGAGUGUGACGUCUCUGAGUUUCCCGGUUUCCAGCCCAGGUCUCCGUUUCGCCAUGUCCCGAUAUUCGCGACCGCCCAACACUUCGCUUUUUGUCAGAAACGUGGCCGAUGCCACCAGGCCGGAGGAUUUGCGCCGUGAGUUUGGUCGCUACGGCCCAAUAGUAGACGUUUACAUUCCACUUGACUUCUACAAUCGUCGUCCCAGAGGAUUUGCUUAUAUACAGUUUGAAGAUGUUCGUGAUGCAGAAGAUGCCCUUUAUAAUCUCAACAGAAAAUGGGUUUGUGGCCGCCAAAUUGAGAUACAGUUUGCUCAAGGUGACCGAAAAACACCCGGACAAAUGAAGUCCAAGGAGAGACAUGCUUGUUCCCCUGUUGAUCGCAGAAGAUCCAGGAGCCGCAGCAGAAGGCGAACACGUAGCCGAAGUUCCUCUUGGGAUCGCAGCAGAAGAAGGUCAAAGCACAGAAGGCAUUCCUACAGCCAUUCAAAGUCCCGAUCUAAAUCUCCUCAAAGACGUUCAAGGACCCCACAGAGACACUCUUUCUCCAGGGGCCGCUCAAGGUCACUUGAGAAGUCACCAUCUGGUUCUCCACCAAAGCAGUCUGGAUCAAAGACUCGAUCUGGCCAGAGGCGUUCUGGUUCGCCAAGAUCCAACUCAAAAUCACCCCAUCAUAGAUCGUCCAAUUCACUUUCUCAGAAGGAGGUUGUACGACACUCUCGCUCACGUUCCCGGUCUAGGUCACGGUGUUACAGGGGCAAAAACAGUCGACAGUCUGGUUCUGAGGAAGAUUAGGGCCCUUAAUCUCAAAAUUUUAGAAAAUGUAGGGCCCUGCACGUUAUCUUCAGUGCACUGCAGUUCGAUAAUAUGUCAUGUUAGUCUUAUCCAUUAGGCUUCCUGAAAGAACCCAAUAUUUUGGUUAGAACAUAAGAUUCAGUAACAAAUUUAUAAAUGGGGCUAUACUAUAUCGAUGUUCUAAGUGGUAAAGUUUCAUGUCAGUAUUACUUUUUCAUCCGUAGCCCCCCCUCUUUAUUUUUUUUUUUUUUUCUUUUUGGUCCCUCAAAACUUUCAAAGCCUGCUUCCCAGUUUAAAAAUAUAACAGAACAUUUGAUACAUGCCCCAAAGCUGCUGGACUUGGGAAUACAGUUACACGAUUCCCUUUCUAGCAAUUUCUGUUUGUUUCAUUUCUCAUAUUAUGUACUUUAACAUCUUUUGAUACAUUGGCAAAAGCAUUUUUAUGUAAAUAAAAAUCUGUCUACUCGUUUGUCUUUAAAUAUUCACCUAUGCGAACGCAAGGUUUUGGAAAAUGAUUUGCUGAAAGCGUCUUUGAGCGCUUAGAUCCUGAUUAAGGAAUAUUUUCGUUUCUUUAACAGAAAACUGGUUGUGUGCAUGAAGUAUCUUGACUUUGUUACUUUGUUCUUAGGUUUGCAGUGUUGAAGAUAAACCUGUAUUGCAUUUCUUUUGUUCUGUAUAUUUUAAACACAAUAGUCUGACUUCAUAGUAUGCUUUAGAAGUUGUCCCCAAGUGCUGUUUAAAUAGUGUUGGACAUAGUUAUGUAUUUUGUUUAAAAGUUUUAAUAAAUUUCAAACAAACCAAAACUGGUUGUUUUGCAGAAAGAAA